CGCACAGCCCACGUUCCGGUUGUCUGGUCAGAUACACUUGGUACAUAUCGGCCGUAAUUCUCAGUGAGCCGGAGGAGCGCACAGAGUGAGAGAGAGAGAGAGAGAGAGAGAGCGAUGUGUGUGGCCGGGAAGUAGAGAGGAAAAACUCGCCGCAGCACGAGUGCAGGAGGUUACGACCAGGCACACCAUGUGGGAGCCUCCUGUUGUGGACAUGGAGAGUCCCGAAGCACCGAAGGUUCUAGCCAAGGCAUGCAAAGACGUUGGUUUCUUCUACGUAGAAAACCACGGGGUUUCCAAGGACGCAAUGCGAGAGGUAUUCCGGCAAUCGAAAGCGUUUUUUUCCCUGGGCAUUGACGACAAGAUGGCUGUCAAGGCGGACAGACACAACCGCGGCUUCACUCCCAUGCACGAGGAGAUUCUGGACCCUUCGAAGCAGGUCAAGGGGGAUACCAAGGAAGGGUACUACAUAUUCCGGGAGCUGCCUACUCCUUCCGAUGGGGAGGAAGACGCCGCCAGACCCCUCAAGGGGCCGAACCAGUGGCCGUCCGAGGACCUUGUUCCGGGGUGGAGGGCAACCAUGCAGAGUUACUUCACCACGAUGCAUGCCGUGGGAGUGCGGCUCUCGGGACUGCUGUCCGUCGGCCUGGGACUUGACCCGUCGUUCUUCGAAAGUUGCACCUCGGAGAUGGCCCACGCGCUGCGCCUGCUUCACUAUUCGGCGGAGGUCUCGGAUCCGGCGAAAGGCGUGAUGGGUGCGGGCGCUCAUUCCGAUUACGGGCUGCUCACCUUGCUAGCCACGGAUGAGGUGCCGGGGCUGCAGGUGAGGCUGGACGGGGAGUGGUUGGAUGUACCACCUAGAGAGGGGGCCUUCAUCUGCAACCUUGGCGACAUGCUCCAAAGAUGGACGAACGACGAGUUGCGGUCUACUGUUCACCGCGUCGUGAACAAACUGGGCCGCGAACGCUACAGCAUCCCGUUCUUCUUCGAGCUGAACUUCGACACAGAGGUUGUGUGUCUCCCGCAAUGCUGCUCGGAGGAGAACCCCGCCAAGUACCCACCUGUCACCGCGGGCAGCUACAUCUUGAAUAAAUACUCUCAAACGCACCAGGACUUCGACGGCAACCAGCAGAACGACGAGAAGUCGCCCUAG